AUGAGUACUUUGACUGAAGAAGGUGUAAUCGCAGUAAAAAAUGCAGCUUGUGAGAGGUUAUUGGAUCAGAGAGUUGAAGUCAAAUCGAAGUCAAAGAAGAUGAAAGAAUAUCUGAAUCGGUUCCAUGUUGCAAUGCCAAAACCACUUGAGGAAAGACCGGUUUGCAUAUCUGAAGGUGUUUUUGAAGCUAAAGCCAUGGAAGCUGAAAAGGUGAAGAGGAAGCUCGAAAGGGAGAAUGAGAAUGAAAAUGGUGGAGCGGGUGUUUACUCUGCAAGUUUGAAGAAACAUUAUCUUUUAGCUGAUGAUGAAUGGAAGGAAGAUAACAUGCCUGAAAUACUCGAUGGGCAUAACGUGUAUGAUUUUAUCGAUCAGGAUAUUUUACAGAGGCUUGAGGAAUUGGAAAAAGAAGAAGAGCUUCUUCAAGAACAAGGAGAUGGAGAAGAUGAAGAAAUGGAAGGUGAGGAUUUGACUUCAGAACAACAGAAAGAGCUGAAUGAAAUCAGGAAAAAGAAAAGUAUAUUAAUCCGUGAACAUAGAAUCAAGAAAAGCACAGCUGAAAGCAGACCAAUUGUUCCAAGAAAAUUCGAUAAAGACAAAAGAUUUACAUCAGAAAGAAUGGGGAGACAGCUGUCAUCAUUAGGGCUUGAUCCAUCAAAAGCAAUGAAAAGGGUGAGAAGUGAGUCGAGGGGUAGAAAGAGGGAGAGAUCAUCUGAUCAUGGUGAAGGAAUGGAUGUGGAUGAUGAUGAAGGGUCAAAUAAGAAGAUGAAGAUGAGGUCAAAGUCAAAGUCAAGAUCAAUGUCAAGGCCACCUGUGCAUGAAUUGGUUCCAGGAGAAGGGUAUAAGGAUUCAGCUCAAAAGGUGAAGGCGUUUAAAAUGGGAAAGAGUUCGGUUCACAAGAGGAAUAAGGCGGCUAAAAAGGGUGAGGGCGAUAGAGUCAUUCCGACAUUGAAGCCUAAACAUUUGUUCUCUGGGAAAAGGUCAAAUGGGAAGAUUAGUAGACGUUAA